UCUCCAACUCCCCGCCAAUCACCGGUUCGAAGGCCGCGAUACCAGCGGAGAAGCAUUCGCUGCGGCCGGGUUUCGACCUCUCAACCCGCCACAAAAUUCAACAAUUGCGCCAACUGACGGGAUUGCUGGGAUGCAGGAUUAUUAGGCUGAACUGCCGCCCGCUUCCCCAGCAUGAAUAUCGCACAGCCCGUGGCGUCGGCGCUGGAGAGCGUCGAGUUCACGUUCCUGUCAGCCGACGAGAUCCGCGCCAUCUCGGUCAAGCGCAUUGAGAACGACCAGACCUUUGACAACCUCAAGAACCCGGUGCCCGGGGGCCUCUACGACCCCGCCCUUGGGUCGUGGGGCGACACUCUAUGCCGAACAUGUAAUCUGAACCAGGCACAGUGCCCCGGGCAUCCGGGGCACAUCGAACUCCCAGUGCCCGUGUACCACCCCAUCUUCAUGGACCAAGCCUACCGUCUCCUCCGUGCUCAGUGUGUCUACUGCCACCGUUUCCGUCUGCCGCGCCACGAAAUCCACCGGUACACUUGCAUGCUUCGGCUCUUGCAAGUCGGCCUCCUUCACGAAGCCCAGAUGAUCGAUGCGUUUUCCCCCAGCGAGCUUGGGGAGCAACUCAAGAGCAUGAGGUUAAGCGACGUGCCCUCGGCGGGCGAUGACGAGGCAGAGGAGGAGGGAAACAACGUGCAUGAGAGCGCCAUCCGUGCCCGGGAGGCGUAUGUGCGCCACGUCUUGCAGGAGCACGGGCUGCAUGUCAACCUCGGCGACAUACGAAAAGGCAAACACGAGGGUGCUGCCGAGAUGAGGCGAGCCUUGAUCAAGGAGUUCCUCGCCCUGAUGGUCAAGGACAAGCGGUGCAGAAGCUGCGACGGCAUCUCCCCCGUCUACCGCAAAGACCGCUCGGUCAGGAUCUUCGAACGUGACCUGAGCGACAAGGAAAAGGCGGCAAUGGCGCAGGCCGGGAGGAAGCGCAGCGAUGCUCUUGCGAUCAGUAGGAAGGCCAAGAAGCACGGCGAUCUCACUCCCGAUGAGGGAAUCGCCGACGUGGACUCGUCGUCCGAGGACUCGGCAGGGGAGCGCGACAGCGAAGGCGAGGGAGAGGAGCUCGACGAGAACGGGGAUGUGGUCAUGGCAGAUGCCCCGGCCAAAGCCAAGCCGAAAAAGUCCAAGUCCGCAAAACCCGCGCAGCGGUUCCUCAACACCAUGGAGGUUCACAAGCGCCUCGAGUUGCUCUUCGAGAAGGAGCAGGAGGUGCUUUCCUUGCUCUAUAACUCAAAACCCCGGCCCAGGAGCUCUAAACCACUCACCGCCGAUAUGUUCUUCAUUCGGACCCUUCUAGUCCCCCCAAAUCGCUAUCGUCCAGAGGGCCGCCAAGGUGAUGGCGAGGUCACCGAAGCGCAACAAAACAGCCUCUACAAGAUGAUCAUCGCUCGUGCUUCGAUGGUCACACAGAUCACGCGAGAGAUCAACAGCCAGACCAAAGAGACGGCUGAGGACGAAGGCAGGAGAACGAGAGAUAUGAGUUCGCUCUAUCAGGCCUGGACGGAAUUGCAAGACGCUGUCAACUCGCUGGUCGACCGCGACAAGAAUCCGAUCCAAGGUGCGGCUGGCAAGCGGAACGAGGAAGGGAUCAAACAGAAGCUGGAGAAGAAGGAGGGCCUGUUCCGGAAGAACAUGAUGGGCAAGCGGGUCAACUUCGCUGCCAGAAGCGUCAUCUCGCCGGAUCCAAACAUCGAGACUAACGAAAUCGGUGUCCCUCCUGUUUUCGCCAGGAAACUCACGUAUCCCGAACCAGUGACCAGCCACAACUUCAAGGAUCUUCAACAAGCUGUCAUCAACGGCGUUGACAAGUGGCCGGGUGCGGCGGCCAUUGAAAACGAGAAUGGCCAGAUCAUCAAUCUCAGGACGAAAUCCCUGGAGGACCGCGUGGCUCUGGCUAAUCAACUUCUUGCUCCCACGGGGAACAACUUCAGCGGCCUGCGGAACAAGAAGGUGCAUCGACAUCUGACAAACGGCGAUGUAGUCUUGAUGAACCGGCAACCAACAUUGCACAAGCCCUCCAUCAUGGGCCACCGAGUUCGAGUCCUGCCUGGGGAGAAGACCAUCCGCAUGCACUACGCCAACUGCAACACGUACAAUGCCGACUUCGACGGUGACGAGAUGAACAUGCAUUUCCCCCAGAACGAGAUUGCGCGCGCCGAAGCUCUCCAGUUGGCCGAUACGGACCAUCAAUACAUCUCCGGGACGGCCGGGAACCCACUGCGCGGUCUGAUUCAGGAUCACUUGUCGGUCUCCGUGGCGCUCUGCAGCAAGGACGUGUUCCUUGACCAGGGCGACUACCACCAACUCGUCUACAGCGCCCUCCGGCCAGAGAGCGGCCACAUCACGGGCGAGAGGAUCGAGCUCGUGCCCCCAGCUGUGAUCAAGCCGAUACCGCGCUGGACAGGCAAGCAGGUCAUCACGACGAUCCUGAAAAACAUUAGGCCAGCCGACUGCGGCGACCUGUGGAUGAACGGAUCCGCCAAGAUCAAGAGCCGAAGCUGGGGCGAGGCGUCGGAAGAGGGCGAGGUGAUGUUCCGCGAUGGCGAGUUCAUCUGCGGCAUUCUCGACAAGUCGCAGCUGGGUCCCAGCGACGGGGGGUUCAUCCAUGCGGUGCACGAGGUCUACGGCCCGUCCGUGGCGGGGAAGCUCCUCAGCGGCAUGGGUCGGCUUCUGACGCGCUACCUGGCCAUGGUUGCCUUCACCUGCGGUAUGGACGAUCUUCGCAUGACACCGCAGGGAGAGAAAGACCGGAAGGAGACCAUUAAGGCCGCGUCGCAUAUCGGUCUCCAGGUGGCGGCCAAGUAUGUCUCGCUGGAGGAGCAGAAGCCUACCAGUGACGAUCCCGUGCUGCUAGAGCGCCUGGAAGAGGUCCUCAGAGACGACAAGAAGCAGGAGGGCCUGGAGUUGCUCACUAGUCAGGAGUGCGCCAAGCUGUCCACCGAGAUCACCAGGCUAUGCCUGCCUGCUGGCCUCGAGAAGCAGUUUCCCAAGAACCACAUGCAGUCCAUGACCAUCUCGGGUGCCAAGGGUUCUCCCGUCAACGCCAACCUGAUUUCGUGCAACCUCGGCCAGCAGGUCCUGGAAGGCCGCCGCGUCCCCGUCAUGGUGAGCGGCAAGACCUUGCCAAGCUUCAAGCCCUUCGACACCGACGUGAGGGCGGGUGGUUACAUUGUUAACCGCUUCUUGACGGGCAUUCGCCCGCAGGAGUAUUAUUUCCAUCACAUGGCCGGUCGCGAGGGUCUGAUCGAUACGGCCGUCAAGACAUCUCGGUCCGGCUACCUUCAGCGGUGCUUGAUCAAGGGCAUGGAGGGCUUGCGAGUCUCAUACGACUCCUCGGUCAGGGACUCGGACGGCACUGUCGUGCAGUUCUUGUUCGGAGAGGACGGCAUCGACAUUUCGAAACAGAAGUAUCUUAACGACUUUGAAUUUGUCCUGCGCAACCUCGACUCGCAAUUGCCACAGAUCCGGUAUCAUGAGCCUGGCACUCAAGCUCUGUUUGAGCACAAGGACGAGGUCAUCAAGCGGAUGAAGAGCGCCAUCCGGUCAAGAAACAGCCGCAAUCCUCUUGACCCGGUAGCAUCCGAGCUCGACCCCACCGCCUUUGCCUUUGCGACCUCGGAGAAGUUCUUCAGCAAGCUGACGGAGUACGUCAAGACAAAUAAGGACGGACUGAUCAAGGAGAAGAAGGGGCCAGAAAGCCAGAAGGGUCUGAUCACCCGCAAGACGGCCGAGAAGAUCUUCGCGGCCAAGUACUUGCGGUCGCUAGUUGAGCCCGGCGAGGCUGUUGGCAUUGUCGCUGGCCAGUCUGUCGGAGAGCCGUCGACGCAGAUGACGCUUAACACAUUCCACUUGGCGGGACACUCGGCCAGGAACGUGACGCUCGGUAUCCCGCGUCUCCGCGAGAUCCUGAUGACGGCCAGCGCCAAGAUCUCGACGCCAUCCAUGACUCUCGUCCUCAACGAGGAACUCUCAGAGCAGGACGGCGAGCGGUUCGCCAAGUCCAUCAGCGUGCUCCCGCUUGCGCACGUCACCAAGGAGGCGGUCGUCCGGGAGCGCGUCGGCCACGGCAUCGGGUAUGCCCUGGCCAAGUCGUUCGAGAUCCGGCUGCGCUUCUUCGAGGCCGAGGAGUACAUCAAGAUGUAUGCUAUUGACAUUGCUGAUGUCCUCAACACGGUGGAGAAGAAGUUCAUCCCGCUGCUGUGUGCGCUCACGAGGAAGGAGAUCAAGAAGAAAUUCAAGGAGCACAGCGCGGCCACGCCCGAGAUCGGCGUCAAGGUUGGCGUCGUGGAGACGGCGCCGAGCGGGGGCGAAAGGGAAGAUGGUCCCGGCAACCGGGACGACGACGAUGACGACGACGACGGCGAUGAUGACGACGCCACGAGCGCGAAACAGCGAGCCAACAGGAGCGAAGCGGUCUCGUACGGCCCGAACGACGAGGAUGACGACGCCGUUCAGCAACAGGUCCAGCGCGAGACAGCCGACGACGAAGAGGGCGAGGAGCGGCUCAACUUCGUCGACGAGGCGUACGGCGGCAGCCCCGAGCCCGAAGACGGUGUCGGCGUCGGCGACAAGACGGACGAGUUCCGGGCGCGGUCACGCGAGGCGCGCGUGAAGAACAAGAACGAGCACGUGGCGCGCUUCCGGUGCGACGAGGUGGGCGGCGAGUGGGUUGAGUUCACGCUCGAGUUUGACGCGGGGAUCCCCAAGAUCCUCAUGCUCAGCCUAGUCCAGGAGGCGGUUAAGAAGUCUCUCAUCCAGCAGAUCCACCGGCUCGGCACCGCCACGUUCGAGCCUAAGAAGAAGAGGGACGAGGUGACGGGCGAGGAGCGCAUAGUCGAGAUGCUGGUGCACACCGAGGGCGCCAACUUGCGGGCCAUGCAGCAAUACGGCGACUACAUCAACCCCAACCGCAUCUCGACCAACGACAUCGCGCAGGUGCUCGAGGUGUACGGCGUUGAGGCGUGCCGCAACAACAUCGUGCGCGAGCUCAGGGGCGUCUUCAGCUCGCACGGCAUCGCCGUCGACCCGCGCCAUCUGAAUCUCAUUGCCGACUACAUGACGAGAAACGGCGGCUUCACGCCGUUCAACCGGAUCGGCCUGACGGGCAACGUAAGCCCUUUCACCAAGAUGAGCUACGAAACGACCGUUGGCUUCCUCAAGGAUGCCGUCCUCGACGGCGACUGGGACACCCUGGCCACGCCGUCCAGCAGGCUGGUGGUCGGCAAGCUGGGCACGGUCGGCACCGGCUCGUUCGACGUGCUGACGAGGGUGCCGACCGAGCACAAGGUGGUUGCUUUUUAAAGUUUGGGGGGUUCUGCCGGAGCCGCGUGGAAGAUGAUGCGGCUCUGUCAAGGUAGACCGUGUGCAUGUAAAUCGUUUGUGGCGGUGUUAGCAUUGAGACAUGUACGGAAUACAGCUGCGGACGGUUCCAGUGAAACAAGGUACUAAACAAGGUACUACUGCAAUACUUAAUUCGGGUUUUCCGUCAAGGCAAAAUAAGGUAUCGUCGAUGUUCACUCAAGAUGUGGAAUGCUCUGCAGGCGUUCUCCUGUUUCACAGCAGGCCGGGGAUCGCAUCGGACUCGCGUUGAUCGUCAUGCAUGCACCCCGC